CCUAGAUCGUCCAGUAUAGGUCACACGGAUGUUUUGAAAAUGGCCUUCAACGGUUUCAAAGAGAUAUUUGUAAAACAGAAGACUUUUCGCCCGAAAAAGAAGUUUGCACCAGAUACAAUACGCUAUCAUCUUCACAAGCACGCUGAAGCGUCGUUAAGUGCAGGCAUCGAUCUAAGAGAAGCUGUAAAAAAGCCAGAAGAUGAAGAACUGAAUGACUGGAUAGCUGUGCAUGUGGUCGAUUUCUAUAAUCGUAUAAAUCUUAUUUACGGGACAAUAUGUGAUCGGUGUACUGAACAAACAUGUCCUACUAUGUCUGGGGGCAAAAAAUUUGAGUACCAUUGGCGGGAUAAUGUACAUUAUAAAAAACCCACGCCCUUACCAGCUCCAAAGUACAUUGACGAGUUGAUGGACUGGAUUGAUGCACAAAUUAAUGACCCAUCUUUAUUCCCUACGGAUAUAGGUGUUCCUUUCCCAAAGUGCUAUAUCCCAACUGUAAAGAAGAUAUUUGGAAGACUGUUUAGAGUAUUUGUGCACGUUUACAUACAUCACUUUGAUCGGUUGCAUGAAAUAGGAGCGGUAUGUUUAAUCACUUUAAAAUGAUUUUUCAGGAAGCUCAUGUCAACACUUGUUAUAAGCAUUUCUACUACUUCGUGACUCACUUUGACCUCAUUGAUAGGAAGGAGCUAGAACCUCUAAAUGAUUUGACGCAAAGGAUAUGUCACUAAUUAAUCGGUUUAAUAAAAUCCUCAAGAUUCCAAACGCCAUUCUCAUUUCAAUGAAAACACUCAUGUGAGAGAAUCCUGGGUAGUAUUGCUGUUUGAAUGGUGUUUAUUCUUGGUUGUAUUAAUGUACUUACUGAGUGAUUUUUUUUAGUUUUUACACAGAUUUUUCCCCAUUAUCUGAACACAUAUACAGAUAUCUUUCCUUUUCGAUUAUUUGCUAAAACAUUGAUCAUGCAUUUUCACUUCUUAUUUUUUAUUUCUAAAUAUAAUAAUAUUCUUGCUUAUUUUGGUUGAUUACUUGUGUACACAUAUUCUUUUCUUUAUGAGUAUAUAUUUAGCAUUUUUAUGCGCUAUUUUUGUAUCACCAAUUCUUUGUUGAAUAUUUGCUUAAAAAUUUGCUUCUAUAGCAUAACUUUUGCCUGUUAUAUAUUUCUGUUCACCUUUAAGCUUAGCAAACUGGCUAAGGUGUAAAUAAACAAACUGCUUCAUUACUUGAUUUGAGUCUUUCUGAUCAUUUACAAAAGAG